AUGUCCAAGAAACUAGCCACCGAAGAAGCAAUUCACAAGGAACAAGAACCGGGAGUAAUCAGCAAUGCUAUGCUUACGAAAGCAAUUCUCGAGCAAGGUCAUAAGGGAGAGGCAGGCCGGUUGGCUCGGUUGGACCAAGUAGAUCUAGGAUGUAUCACAGUGAUUCGGCUUGAAUUUCAAAAUAUUUUAAAAAUUGACCACCUCUGGGUACUGAAAAAUCUCGAAAUACUUUCACUGGCUUUCAAUAAAAUUGACAAAAUCGAAAACCUACAUCAGCUCACUAAACUGAAAGAGCUAAACUUAUCUUUCAAUUUUAUUGAAAAAAUCGAAAACCUCGACCAGCUGAUACAUAUUCGGACGUUAUCGUUUUAUGGAAAUCGUAUUUGCAAGUUAGAAAAUCUGGAUCGAUUGGAAAAGUUAGUUAUUCUUAGCGCCGGAAAGAAUAGUAUCAAUACAUUGGACGGAAUAGAACGAUUACGUUUCCUUAAGGAUCUUCGCUCAUUAAAUCUUGCGGACAAUCCAAUAGCGAAGGACACGACAAAGCCAUUGCGACUGUAUGUGGCAACCUUAUUGCCACAGCUAAAAUACUAUCAGUACAUUCUACUGAAACCAGAAGAACGAAACACAGGAAAAGAGAAGUUCACUCGAGAAUUGCAGGAUUUUCUGGAGCAAGAGAAAUUCGAAAUAAUAGAACGCAACCGUUUGGCUAAGGAAAAAGCCGAUGAAAUAUAUUUAUCGAAAAGUUUCGUAGAGCAUAUGAAUGGCGAUCAACUAUUCGAAUCACUUUUUGUUGGUGAUGCGGACGGGGAAGCUCUUCUAGCCAUUGGUGACGACGCAAUUGAAUUGAAAACUGAAUAUAAGACCGAAGCAUACAAUCUCACUCAGCAAAUCUACAAAAUCGGCUUGGAGCAAUACGAACGACGUCAAAAAGAAAUCAAACUGUACAAUAGUUGUAUUGAUACUGAACGAAAGAAAGCUCAAAAACUUGGUCAAGACAUCAUCAACCACUUUUUGGAUAUGUACAACCGUUUGUGUCCUAAGGUGAAGGAGAUCGUGACCAGCCUGGACCAGGAUGCCCAUAAGCGACCCGACAUGCACAUGCUGCCCCACGAAUUCCACCCGCUGAUCGACGAGCUCGAGGUUGCCAAAGACGAAUUCAACACAGUCUUCGAGGACUCUUGGCAUACGCUGAUGAACAUCGAAAUGCAGCUGUUUGAACGUACCGAAGAGGGAAAUGCCAACUUCGAAAAUAAGAUCAAAGAAAUGACCAACGAUUUCAUAGAAAAAGCUCAAGCUCAAUUUGUGUUGCUGCGUGAAGCUGAAAUAAAUUUCAGUGAUGGCCUUGUCGAAGCUGUGCAGCAGUUUGUGACGUUUCAGGCCGCAUCCGGUCACGCCGAUGCGAUUCCGUCCACUUUAAAAGAAGCCCUGGAUGACAAGGAUGUAAUUAGUAACCUAGCGGCAGGAAUGCGUGACCAUCACAUGCAACUGAUCGAUGCGCGGGAGGACAAAUUAAUUAGUCGUAGCCGGAAUUGGGCACGAGAUCUGUGUGAGGACAUUCAAAACUCGGAAAUAAAACGAAAUCGUGCCAAAGUGCUGGAAAUUACGUAUUUCCUAGAUCAUCAUCGUCAAGCAUUCUACACAUUACUUGAAGACUUCAUUCCAACUUCGGAAGACAAGAAGCGUAUAUUUUCGAAAGUUCAAUUUUCCAUCGAUGCUGUUGUGGAUGAAAAAGAGUGA